GGGCAAUCACGAAGACUGCCAAUACCUUCACCAGUGAUUAACUCAUUUAUCAGAUCUUUAAAGAUCAGACGCUCAAUGUCCAACACUAAAGCUGGAACCUCACCACCGUAAUUCACCCAAUCAUCUUGAUACAUCAUGUCUGCAGUCAGGAGUCUGUUCAUUUCAUCUUCCUCAUCAUCAAGACUGCUGUCCUGUAUCCUGCAGGCACGGUCCAUCUCGAUAUACACUUCUUUUAACAGCACCUGUGGACUAGUCAUUUUGUUCCCUGAUGUAAACAAUCCGCCCGAGGUGAUCUUUCGGACAAGUGUUUCAUCAACCAAAUCAAAAAUAAUUUUUCUCUCUAUUCUUUUGUUGUUCAACUUCAUGAUAUCACUCUUUGGACUGAUUUCCUCUGUUUGCUCGAGGACAUGAAACAUGUUAGGGUUUAUCAGAUGGCAUGAGGAAAGGAGCUGAUCAGCAGGUGAGAUGACGCUCGGAUGUUUGAGGAGUCCUGAUGUCAGCAGUAUCCUGUUGAUAUAUUUGUGAUCUGGGUGGAGGCUCUGGUAUAAUAGUGAAUGGUGACCCACAGCCGUUGGAUCGGGCUUGGUCGACAAUGCAUGUCUUCUCUAAUCAUUGACACGGAAUUCUGAGGACAUAAAAACAUCUGUAUUGACUAAAUGUACCAGGUCUAUAACAUCUGUUGCUGCCUGUGAGACUUGGCUGUUGCUGCUGUCUGACACUACAGAAGCUGUGUCGUGCUGAUAGCUCGAAUGCCUCGUCUCACUGCUAAGCUCACCCAAGUGCUCAUCACUGAACUGCAUAUCAUUUGGUUUUACUUUGUAUUUUCUGUUCCGAGAACCUUUUUCCGUAAGAUUCUUUCUGCAAUGAUUUUUAACCUGGACCGAGUCUGGUGAUGGGGUGGUGGGUGGAGAUUGUCCUUCUAUCCUGAGUACAUUAUGUUGCAAUCUUGGGCUCACCACUACCUUCUUGCGCUGAGGCCCCACCAUAGUUCUAUCUAGUUCUGAAGCUCCCCGAGAAGUCCUUUUGUCUGUAGAAAAUAUUUUGUUCUUGGAUGUGAGCACUUUUGUUUCUGGCCUGGUAACUGAAUUUUCCAAGUAAUACUUGGAGUUUCGUGUCCGGACUUCUUGCUUAUUUGGAAUUGGAAAUCUGACUUUUUCCAUCACUUUUGCUGGUUUGAUUAUUGGAACUGGCGAGCCUAAUUGCUUUGGAUUGCAAUGACCCUCGAUGUAUAUGUUUAAGAGCCCUGAGAUCCUUACCCGACUUCUGGAAUUGAAGUUCUGUUAUCCUCUUCUCGAUUUCACCAUAGACCGAAGAAGAUACGUUUCGGCUGUUAGUUGGUGAUCUCCUUUUGUCUAAGGCUACUUUCGCAGAACCUUGGCUCGAAUCUUGUUGCCUCCACGGAGCUGGUUCGAUCGGAAUUCUUGAACACGUAUUCGUUUUUCUACCAAAAUUCGCACCAUGAGAUCUUGGGGACGGUGAGGCGGGGUCGUUUGGAGGAAAUCGAGGUGAAAAAUAACUAGCUUGAUUUUGAGGUGUUAAGGAUGAGUUUUCAAGGAAAGCUUCGUUAGGACACGAUUUUGUUGUUGGGGUCCCAUUCUCAUCUGCGGUGGGGUCCGGGAAGUUUUCAAGACCCAUCAGCUUUGCCACAAUGCUGGAUGUCCGGUUGUGCCCGGGAUUCUCGUUUUCCGCAUGCGGGUCCUGGUCGAGGAAAUUCCUUCUCGACUCGUGGGCCCAACACUUCUUCAUGGAACUAGCUUUGCUGUCCAACGACAGCCUCGGGAGUUCUUUGUGCUUCGCCGCGGCCCACCUGAGCCCAUCCCGCGAUUCUCUCCCGUCGUAAGAAAAACGAGGAAGGCCAAUCGACGGCCGCUCGUCCUUUGAGAUUCUUGUGAUCUCGUGGGCCCCAGCAAGAACUCGACCGGAUCCUUCGGAUAUUAAUAUGUGCUCGGUGUUUGAUGGACAGGCCACGGGCUUCCCGAUACAUUGAAUCUUUCACUACAUCACGAAGGUCGAGGGAUUGUGGUUCUUUAGUGCUUUCGGGUUUAUUUUUCUGUCUGAGUGGAAGUGUUUCGGGCUGGGCUAUUCUGUUGAAAUCGAGGGACGACGAGAAUGUGGAUGUACAAGAAGAUUCGGUGGAGAUUCUGGGUUUCUCCUUAUGCGACUUGCGAGCUUUUUCCUACAAAUAAAAGAGAAGGGAGAAAGGUAUGUUUGGGAUCUUACGGUGAUGGCGCCGGUUGCAUACUGGGGUUCCAGUUGGUGUUGUGUACCUUGAAGAACACAAAAGGUCUUGGAAAAUUACGUACCUUGAAGAAGCCUUUUAUGAUGGUGGCCGCCCACACGCCGCCCGGUCCAUGUGGACACUGUGAACUGCUGAAAAUGGCAUGUGGAGUGUAUUGGUGCACUGGCAGAACCCUUUUGAGUCUUAACCACUUUUCCAACUGGUAAGUCCCAACCCAAUCCUCUAAAAAGCAACAUGAAGAUUUUUCCACAAACAGUAUUAUUAUUAUUAUUAUUAU